GCGACGAUUCAGAAUUUUCAGACGGCACUCAAGAUUGUUGAUGGAGGUUAUGAUGCAUUUCCGGAUCAAAAGAUGGAUGCAUUCAUGUACGGACAAGAACCGCUUUACUCAUCCGAAACGGCCGCUUCUACUGUUAAUGAGCUGGUUGGAUCGGUAGCUGCAGUAACUUUCUCAACCAAAGAAGAUGUCGAAAUGGUGCCACAUGAACAAAAAGCUGCCAAGGAAACAUUAGAUUCUGACGAUACAAACUCUGGAUUGCACCCGAGAAAGACGUCUCAUUAUCACAAGAUUAUGAACCGAGUCAAGCACAUGUCACUUAAAAAGACACGACGAAACGCAGUGGUGUAUUUCAAAGAAUCUGAGGUUCCUAGUACGACUGCACAGCCAUCCUUCAUUGUAACACCACCUCCACUGCAAAGAUCACAAUCGGUUCCUGCCAAUUCCGCUAGGAUAUGUCUCCCUCGACUCUCGUUGCCAGCCUCAUUAAGCUUUGGGAUGGUGAAUGAAGUAGACAAAGGCUGCCUGCUAUCUUCACUACGUUUCGAGACGCUGAACGAAGUUGAUGAAGUUGACGAGGAAGAUGAAGAUUCACAGCAGCCAGUCGCUAUUUAA